UCGAAGAACGAGCUACCGUGUGAUGUCACUUUCGAACAACGUCACGAAAUUGUAGCCGAAAAAAAAGUUGUCGCGAAAUCGUUGGCUAUCUUGCUGCCGAAGCAACGUUUCUUAUUGAAAUAUCAAAUUAAAAGAGAAUGAACUAGUUCUCUAUAUGAAAAAUGAAUUGUCAUCAAAUAUUAAGCGGGGCCUGUAAUGCAGGAGAUCGCUGUUACGCCGUCGGUUCCGUCGAAGGGAUUUCUUUUACAGCAUAUGCAGCAGGUUGCAACAUAGUAAUCCUUGCCAGUAACUUUGAACGGGUGCAAAUAAUUCCAGGGGCUGUGCACAAUUAUAUAAGAAUUAGUUGUCUGGAUUGCAGUACCGAUACUGGGAAGAUAGCUGCGGCUUAUGAAAAUCAAGUUUGCAUUUUCGAACCUACUCCGCUAAUUCACAGCACUUGCUCUCACCAAUUAGAAUAUCGAUGGGUACAAACUGGAAGUCUGCAAACAGAAUCAAACAUCAGUUCUUUAUCAUGGAAUUUAGAAGGAACAAGGCUAUUAACGGGAGGAGAACUUCUACAACUAUGGCAUCAAAACAUAACACCGUUCCAGGAAGAGCACACAGGUACUGUCACUUUUUCGAUCGGCGGAGAAGCAGAUAGUCCUGCGCCUGGAGAUUCGAGCAGCGGUAACGAACCAGGGGCGUGGAAUUGCGUUUGGAAGUGUCGCACAGCCACACCGGUGCAUCUGAUGAGUUUCAGUCCGGAUGGUACAUUAUUCGCCACGACGGGAUUUAACGAUAGAUUAGUCAAAAUUUGGUUCGAGAAUAAGCAAUUAUUUUCAACGAGGAACAUGGAGCACACAAACGUCUCGCAAUCCACAGGCAGCGAUAGUUACAGUUUCGUUUAUGUUGCUCAUCCACGUGCAGUCACACACUUGUCUUGGCGGAAAACUAGUAAAUAUAUGCCAAAGGGUUCCGUUUCCAACAUGUUGGUCACAUCCUGCAGAGACAAUAUUUGCAGAGUAUGGGCUGAAACAAUACCACCGGAGGUCGAAGGUUUAGCUAAUAUGAGUCAGUUCGAAGGUUCUGACAGACAUGGCCAUCAUGGGAAACAUCGACAUCACAAUAUGCACAAACAUCGUUUCAUGCAACGACUGAAACACAUGAAAACGUGUUUCCAUAUUCGUCGGCACGCAAAGCAACAACAUCAAGCGGGACAUGCCACGGCCCCGACAUUACCGACUUUGCCUUCAACGUAUUCUGUGCACGAUUUUCACAAUAAUUAUCAAGGUGCUGGUCAUUAUCCAGGAAUGCAUUUUCACUUGGCAGCCAGUAUCAAUGCAGAAACCGAUAUACCGUUAGUGCCGAGUUUAAUUACCGGUGAUCCAGAGAGAGAACCGAACUUUAUUCUUCACUGGUUGAACAACAAAGAAAUGCACUUCACGAUGCAGGCAGAAGGUAUUUUACAAGAGCUUACGCGUAAAGUGGUAGAAAAAGAAGAAGGAUUGCACCAGCAGCAGGAUAUGGAGCACACAGACCACGAUUCCGAGGAAGAGGGUCCCUUAAAGAAGGGAGUACGAUUACAACCUCUGCAAAAAUCGGCGGGAGGUACUGUCAGAUCGAUGAGCCAAGAAGAUCAUAGUAGUGAUGAGCACCAUACGGCUCACACGGUUUCGUCGCAUCAUAGUUUGCCGCAUAGUGUGCAUUCACAUCAAAGUCUUAGUAAUACUACGUCUAUUAACUCGAUCGCAACAGAUAUAACGGCUUCGAUGAAUCAUGCUCCAGAUUCAUUGGACACAACUAUAGAAACGUUAUUACGCGAUUGGCAUCAUAAUCCGGAUUUACUUUUCUCAAUUCAUCCAAUAGACGGAAGCUUUUUAAUUUGGCAUAUCGAGUGGUUGGAUGAAUAUCAUCCAGGAUCAUUUCGACAAGCGCAGAUAUCAUUUUCGACACGAAUACCCAAUGCUUUUCCCCUUGGUGAUGCCUCAACGAUGAGUCACAGUGUAUCAAUGUACUCGCAUAAUACCGGUGGUCCCUUAUUAAAUAUUCGUGAAGUAGCAAAGUCGUCGACAAAAUCAUCAAACGACGGUGCUGAAGUCGCUACACCAUUACCGAGUUUGAUUGAACAAGACGAGGAACAAUCUACGUUAACCUCGAAAGCGGGUCAAGAACUGUUAAAAAACAUUGAAAACUCGUCCGAUCCACGGACUAAUCAAAAUGCAUCGGGGAAAGAGAGAGACGGUCCUUUGGAGACGGGUAAAAGCAAUCAGGAAACAGUCAACGAUUUAUUAGCGCAUCCUAGCCCAAUUGUCUCUAUGGUAUCGAAGCACUCGAAUGGAACUUUGAACUUGUGGCAAUUGACAUUCGCUGACAGAACCAAGUUUUCGCAGGUGUUGAGUAUAGGGCACGCGUCAAGAGCCUCGGGACAUCGGUUUCGAGUGAACGAUAUUACCUGUCAUCCCGUUUUACCGUUAUUAGUGACAACAUCGCAUCACAAUAUACCAGAAUGUUCCGGAUCUCAGUGUCAGGAUGUUGAUUCUAAUGAAACUGCGCAUAGUAGGUUGGCCUCUAAUAAGAUGUCGCCGACAAAAGAUGUGUCUCCUACUGGUUUCUGCAGUGAACUGAUACUUUGGCGUGUGGAUACGGUUGGACCGUUAUCGAAGAGCGGAGGAGUUUCCGAGUUAGCACGUAUCAAUUCGCCCGAGAUCUCGGCGUUCAGCAAUGUAGCUUGGAUUCCAACUUUAUUACCAAGUACUACCUUAGGCAAUCUGUCGAAUUCUCCGAGCGCAUGUUUUGUAGCCAGCGAUGGGGAAUGUUUAAGGGUGUAUCAGGCCGUUAUCGAUGCCAGAACGCUUCUGGCAGAAGUCUCGAGCAGUGAGAGACGAAGCAGAAUAAUGGAUUCAAUGUCAAGCCUCUCGACGGACAUAUCGUCGGAUGAUGGUGUUAGGCAUUCCAUCCACGACAGAAUAAAGAUAGUAUCGCAACAAUCAACAGCGAGACCAGGCUGUGUUAUACAAUUGGAUGCUAUUGCUGACGCGACGCAUGACUGGCAAAACACGCAAUUCCUGCAUGUAUUUCAAGAACAGUUGAUCACGGGCGAUAGAAACGAUGAAAAACAAGCUGGAGUAAAUGCAUCUGUGAACGAUUUAGGUUUGAUGGAGUCUACCUUGGAUGCCAUAGUAGAUUUGCAGCAGUCGGCAAUUUUCGAAGAACCGUUCUACAUAGUGGUUUUAGAGAGAACACAACACGGUACAACAGUACACAUGUGGCGUCUAGUCAUAGCCUCUCAACCCGAGACUACUGGGCUGUCGGGAUCGAUGAUGUAUGUUCCAGAUUCACAUUUGGUACAAGAUGACGAAGAGGAGGGAGGUACACCUGGACGAUUUAAUCAUAUGGAUGGUAAAAGAUCUCGCAGAACAAGUCAAACGUGUCGUGAUAGUCAAGGUGAAUUUGACAACACGUUUUUCCAAAGACGACCUCAGAGUAGUCACGUUCUUAUUACAACCACGAAAGCUUGCACUCAAGAGUUACCGUUACCGGACGGAGUCGAGGUGAUACAUGCUGCACCAGCCGCUGGACAUUUAAGUAGCUCAUCCAUAUAUCCUGCUUGUUUCGCACCGUAUAUUAUAGUGACGGCAUGCAGUGAUAGCACGAUACGCUUCUGGAAGUGUAAAGUGACAAAGAAUCAAUCGGACGUUGACAAACUUCAUUACGAAUGGUGCGAAUGGGAAAUGCUACGAAAAGAUCAGGAAUCGACAAUCGAUAUUACAGGACAACCGUUAAACAUAAGUGCCGCGUACAGCGGACGCAUUGCAUGCGCAUACAAAUACGGGAAAUCGUUCACACGACCGACGAAAACUGAUCCGGAUUCGCGAUACGUAAACCUCUGCGUGGCGAUUUAUGAGUGCGAAAGCACCGGUGGCAGCGAAUGGAUUUUGGAAGAUACUAUACACUUGAAAAACAUACACCUGCCAAGGAUUCCGGUUGACCAACACUUGGAUCUGAGCUACCUGUACGAUAGCCGUUUCUUGCAAAAGAAGCAAAGACUCACUCAAGUAUUGCAAACGCUAAGCCACGAGGACGUACGAUCGCCGAGAAACAGUGAAAACGGCGAGAACGCAAAGUCGAAUGCAGGAUUACUGGCAGUCCCAUCGUUCAGCACCCUUCAAUCGCUGCGGAAAUCGAUUAUAGAGAACGGUAACACUUGUCCGCUUACGCAAAAACAUUUGGUACAGCUGGAUUGGGUGUCUAAAGAAGAUGGAUCGCACAUUUUGACCGUCGCUGUUGGAUCCAAGAUUAUGCUGUUCACGCCUGUAUGCUCGGACCUGGCGCAGGCAAAUAUGAAAGCGAUGAAAGAAUCGCAGAGUAACAAUCGGCCGAUACUACGAAAAGCUUCGUCGUUGGCGCAGCCUCAAUUUGUCGACGAAAUUCGUUGGAUGAAACUACGAAAAAUUGAGCUGACCACAGCGGAUGGUCUUCCGCCGUUGCCUAUGCAGAUAUCUUGGGUGAGGGAUGGCAUUUUGGUGGUCGGUAUGGAUUCGGAGAUGCACGUUUAUUCACAGUGGAAGCCGAAUCCGAAAAAGGAUUGUUUUCAUUCGAAUCUACAGCAUCAAGAGUCGGACGAGUUUCAAGCGAGUCGGAAUCUACGGGACGAAGAUCUACGAACGUUGGCGCACGAAACGUCGCAGAGACGGUUAGCAAAUGUGUCUUCUAUGCCUCAUCUUUCACGCGUCAGUAGUAUCAACUUGACGAUGCUCGAUGCGAAAAAGAAACGAGGAAUGCAAAACGAAAAUCUCAAUUUCGACUAUAUGCCAGAUUAUGGUUUAUUCGAGGCCUCGCGGAUCGCCUGUCCGGUUCUGCCUCAGUACCAUCCGAAACAGUUGAUGGAACUGCUGAAUUCCGGUAAAAUCCGAUGGGUGAAGGCGAUACUAGCCCAUUUGGUGAGAUGCAUAGGAAGUUCAUGUCCGUUGAGGGCGGAUGACGAGAGUUUGAAACAACGAGGAGGAGGAGGAGGAGGAGGUGGAUGUGGAGGUGGUGGUAGCGGUAGCGGGGGUGGCGGAUGGUCACGGUCAAGGACAAUGUCGGUCAGUUACAUGGGUACCACGUCGCCGCUCGAAUCCAGAGGUUCAACCACUCAGAUCCCGGAAGAGCUUACAUUAGAUUACGCGGAGAUAACCUCGAUAUCUCCGUUACCCCUGUGGACGUUGUUGAUUGCGGACAAAGAAACGAACCUGCCGCAUCAGCAUAAAAUCGAGGACAAACACGAUUACAACGAACUGUUCGACAAUAACUUGGACGAAGGUGAGUCGUUGGACGACAUGCUGGAAGAAGAUUACGAUUGCUCGCGGCCAAAGGACAGGCGUUCUUCGGUUCCGGAAAGACAAGGGAUAUCUCACUUUGGGCCAAGACAAGGUAGAUUACUUUCGCGGCUGCUGACGCACACUCAUUUACCAGGUCUCUCGAGUCUCGAUCAAAUGCAUCUGCUUGCUCUGGCCGAUACCGUGUCGACAUGCAACGUAGACUUCGCGGAACGGUUCGCGAUAGACGCCGCAAAAAAUGCGAUCGCGAAGGAAAAUUUGACCGGCAUCCCCGACGGUGAAACAGUCUCGACAGAUUCAUUGGACGACUGUGGCCUCAGGUUCUUGUUGGCCAUGAAGCAUUACAAUUACCUGAUUCGUUGUCUUCCACUGGCACAAAGGGCACAGUUCCAAAAGCAGGGUAUAUCCUCGAACAAUCUCGUCUGGGCAUUCCAUUCCGAGUCUGAAGAGGAACUGCUAGGCUUGAUACCUUCUUACGCAAAGAGUCAACCGAAAUGGAGCGUACUGAAAGAGCUUGGUGUAGGUUGGUGGAUCCGGAGCAACACCGUGCUGAAACGGUGCGUUGAAAAAAUCGCGAAAGCGGCUUACCAACAAAAGCAAGACCCUCUCGAUGCUGCGCUCUACUACCUUGCCAUGAAAAAGAAGAAUCUUGUUUGGGGACUUUUUCGAAACAAGAGAGACGACAGAAUGACCAGCUUCUUUGCGAACAAUUUCGCGGAGGAUCGUUGGAGAAAAGCAGCCUUGAAAAAUGCUUUCGCCCUGCUCGGUAAACAGAGAUUCGAGCAUGCUGCAGCCUUCUUUCUUCUAGCAAGUGCGCUCAAAGACGCCAUCGACGUGUGUUUGAACAAAUUGAACGAUAUUCAGCUGGCGAUGGUCAUCGCUAGGCUCUAUGAGGAUGAUACUACCUCUCCAAACAUGAGAAGACUGCUGUACGAAGAAAUUUUGGGUUGCGACAAGGACGGGCAAAAUCAGGAUAUGAACAAAUCUCAUCCGGAUCCAUUCUUGCGUAGCAUGGCCCUCUGGAUUCUCAAAGAUUAUGCAGGAUCGCUCAACACGUUGCUUUUGACAAACGUCGGUACCCUGCAUCCACAGUACAACGACGAAUCCGACAAACCCGAGGGCACAACAGCGAAUCCGAAUGUUUUCAAUUUCUACGUCUAUCUCCGGACACACCCUUUGCUGAUCAGGCAGCAUAUCGCAUCCACCGCCCAGGAUAAAAAAAAGGGGCAUUCGGUGGUCAUAUCCGGAUUUAGUUAUGUCGCGGACACGAAAACUCAGCCUGACAAGCAGUUAACUUUAGAAGACAGUAUUACUCCUUUAGAAAGGCAGCUGUACUUUACAACAGCUCACGCACAUUUCAAAGCAGGCUGUCCUGCUCUUGCUCUCGAAGUUCUUUCAAAGCUACCCGGCAAAGUGAUGGACACUAAUUGCGAAGAUUCACCCAGUCUGAUGAAUAGUCCAAGCAAGUCAAGAAAGCAAGAUUUUCAGAUAGACACGGGUAUCAUAAGUUGGGACGAUCAAUCGAAAAAAGCCAACGAGAAUGGAGAUACGAUCGAUUGGUCGCAACCUCUGAAUCGCGAAACCGCGGAAGAAUUAGUGUUAAAUUGGGAUGAUGAUGUGGCCGAAAAUAACGAUACCGAUAGUCCGCCUUUAAGCAUGAAACUAGACGAAAAAGAAAGUAACGACGCCAAAUUAACGGAAAAAGAAGUCUGUUUCGUACAAUUAUUCGCAGGGAAGAGCAGAAAAUCGUCAUCUCAAUUGGACAUUAUGGCACAGCAAUUAAAAUUUGUGGCCUGUUUGAAAAUUCUAAUGGAAGAAUUGUCAACGUUGGCCACCGGUUUCGAGGUGGACGGGGGACAGCUUAGAUAUCAAUUAUACGUUUGGCUUGAACGAGAAGUAGAUGCUCUUAGACAACUUUGCAGUUACAGCGUCAACUCGGAUGACGAAGCGAGUAACGUUUCUGAAUACGAGGGUGGUGGUAUGGUGGACGACGUGCAACUGUACAGCAGACCUGGUGAACAACCAACGCUACACGAGAUAUUAGUAGCCGACAAAUUGGACUUUGAGGCUAAGGUUCAGAGAGCCGUUCGAAGAAAAAAAUGGCUAAAAGCAAAUGAAACACUGUUGCGAACGUUAUUGUCAUACUGUUCGUUGCACGGAGCAUCGGGCGGAGGUUUGGCGUCAGUAAGAAUGGAACUUGUUCUUUUAUUGCAAGAAUUGCAACAGGAGAAGACACAACAACAAUUACUCAGUCCCUUACCAUUCCCAACCACGCUUCCUCUGCUAAGCGCCAGUGUAGCUUGCAACAAAACCGUCGUGGCAGAUCCGGUCAGACAUUUGCAGUCUCUUGCCCAUGACAUGUUGCAAACAUUGGUGGAGUUACGUAAACCACCGAUGCCAACGAGAAACACGCAUUAUUGCGAAGUAUUUAUAAUGAGGGAUUUAGCAGUCGCUCUCAGCGCUUGUAUUUAUCAAUCACUUUGCGAUUCCGAUACGUUCGUUAUGAAGCAUCAGCAGCCGGAUAGUUUUCCAGCUGUUGCCGAAAUCGAAACAUUCUCUGGUGGGCACUUGGUAGCUUCGAAUCGCCACCAUCGACGAUAUUCCACGGACGAUGGCGUAUGCAUUACCACGACGCCCUCCAAGUGGCCCGGCGUGACCAACUUGCGGGCUUUAUUGGCUCGCGAGAAAGACGAGGACACGCCAAAAUUGAAUAUUCUUCUCUGCGAAACUUUCGUUGCUACCUACAUGAGCUUGUUCGUUUAUGCUCUUUGGAGUUGCGACAGUCACAUCCUUUACAGACUCGUGGGACAACGUUUCGAUAACAGCACUUGGUCUUGUCUUUUCGGAGGUGGAGUUAAAAAGUUAUUGCGUGUCGCGAGCACAAACAGCCAGAAUUGCGGAACGGGGGCGGGCACGGGCACGGGCACGGCAAUAGUAGAAAGAGCCGGCGACGGUAUCUCAAACGAGACGCAAAGCACCGCGGGAGCUGUAUGGAACACUAUGACGUCUUUGACGAAGCAACGUGUAAAAUUGAACAUGAAAUUAUUGGGUCAGUUUACGGGACAGCAGCCAAACAUGAAAGAAGACAAACCUACGUACAGAGAACAGUUUGUAUCGCCUCAAAUGAGCAUGGUCUCGUAUUUUUUAAUGAAGCCACGCAUAGAUAGCGAGUACGCGGACGAAAUCGAUUACGAUUCGUCAGAUUCGGCUGUGUCGGAUUUGGAUUCGUCCGAAGACGAAGAAGACGUAUUCGAUACCAAUUCGAAACCAAAAAGCAAACCAAAAGACAAUACGGAGCAUUCGAAUCCAAACUCGUAUAGUUGGUGCGUGAUGAGAUUAGCUAUAGUCAAGAUACUGCAACAACAACUCCAGGAUUUCUUAAACGUCGCUGGUAUAGAGAUGCAAGAAUUACCUGUCAGCAGUCCACUAAUUCAUGGAACGUUGGCCGUGGUAGCCCAAUGGCAGGAAACAUUACGCGAGGAAUUGGAUAAAAAGGGACCACUGCCAAUUAAUUAUAUCCCUGGAUGUGCACCCGAUCCCACACCUACGCCGGGAAAACCGGCAAUACAUAAGUAUCGAUCGCUACUCGAGAAAGGCAACACACCGUUCAACACACGUCUGGCAUCAGCAGCUCCGGCCAAUCGACUGUGGUGUUUUCUGGUUAGACAAGAAUCGGUACAGGACAUAUUCAUUCGCGCUGUAUUCGGCAAAAGGAGAUCCUUAUCGUCGAUACUAGAUAGCAAUCAAACUGCGAUCGAUAAUCUGAAUCGUGGAACAACGACGGAAGACAAAGGUAGUGAUAGCGGAACUACCAGCUUACCCGAGCCCGUCCGUAUUAUUCACAAGGAGCAGGACAGCAUCAGUGCCUUCUGUCUGAAUCAGGUGAAUCCAGGUUUGAUGGCUCUAGCUACUCCUCGCGAAGUUCAAGAAAUGAAUAUAUCGUUACUGCUCGAGCUCCCGUCUUGGUUGGAAGACGAAUGCGAAUUCGAUCUGAUUAAUUUAAAUAAACAGCCGGAACCGGAACCAGUACAACCAACCAGUUUCUUGGUCAUUCAGACAGCAGCAGAUCGACCGUUGCUCGCUCAAAGUCCACAAACUAACAGUCCUCAGCCUCAAUCGGGUAUCGCAAGCCAAAGCGGACGAGGAGCUAGUGUGAUGAAGGGGAUGCCCGCUUUUCCUGGCUCCCACGACCUGCGUUUCUGUCAGUUUGUUGCCGAUAGGAGCAAACACUUGUUGCAGCCGAUUUUGAAGCAUAAAAUCGAUGGCAUAAGGAGAAUCUCGUCGCAUCCACUCUUGCCGCUGUACCUGACUGGUUCUCAAGAUGGCUCGGUCACGCUUUGGGAAUGGGGACACCAGACGGCUGUGGCGACUCCCAGACAACCAGGAACUUUCGCAAAAGUAACUCGUGUACGUUUUUCACAGCACGGAAACAAAUUCGGUGUCGCUGAUUCCGACGGGCAUCUUAGUCUGUUUCAAGUAGCAUGCAGGGAAGGAACCGCGCGACCGUUCUUCAACUAUCAGUGCCAUAGCAAGGUAACAGCGGAUUUUGUCUUCCUCGGUGCUUGCAGUUUAAUAGCAACUGCUGGGCAUGGGUCUGAAGGACGUAACGUUGCGCUUUGGGAUACUCUGCUUCCACAAAAUAAAUCUUUGAUUCACGGUUUUACCUGCCACGAGCAAGGAACCAGCUCGUUGAUUCUUGCGCCUCAACAUCAGUUAUUGAUCAGUGGAGGGAAAAAAGGAGAUAUAAACAUAUUCGACGUUCGACAGCGACAACAACGACAUCGCUUUCAGGCUCAUGAAUCAGCCAUUAAGUGUUUAGCUCUCGACCCACACGAAGAAUUUUUCGUGAGCGGAGCUGGGGAUGGUGACAUCAAGAUAUGGGGCUUGACCGUCCACUCUCUUCUUUACUCUUUUCCCGCAGAACAUCCUCGGUCCAGCUUUUUCAAAAACAUUGGACAAGGCGUGACGCAGUUACACGUUGAUUCUGCAGGACGUUUAUUUUCUUGUGGUGCAGAUGGAUCUAUGAAAGUUCGUCAAUUGCCCGAACGCGACUGUGUUGUGCACACUUUAUAUUAGAAUAAUGAAAACAUACCUAUUCCCCUAUAAACAAAACACUUAAAUGAAAACGCUAUUAAAUACAUGAAUCUGUAUAUUGCUCGUAAAUUAUUCUUGCACGAGAUUGUAUGACAAACAAGUUUAUUCUUUGCUGAAUCACAAGUAUAAAAGUAUCCGUUUCGUUAAGUGCAAUUUUUCGUCAAAUU